AUGGCUCAAGAAGGCGGUUGCUUCUGCGCAAACAUUCGAUACACCAUCGAAGGACAGCCCCACGUUCAGGCUCUUUGCCACUGCCUUGACUGCCGAAAGAUUGGCGGAGGUACCUACAGUGUCAAUGCUAUAUACGCAGAAAGCGGCCUCAAGGUCACCAAGGGCACGCCCAAGACGUUUAGUGUCAAGGCAGACAGCGGGAAUGUGAUCGACAACCAUUUCUGCGGUGAUUGCGGAUCCACCUUGUGGCGUGGUGGUGCAUCCUUCCCAGGCCUCGUAGUCCUUAAAGUCGGAACUCUCGACGAUGCUGACGCGAUCAACAACUACAAGGCGGGCGCAGAGCUCUUCACCCGCAGCCGCGCACCUUGGAUUCAUGCCGUUGAGGGUGCCGCACAGAAGGAGACCAAGUAA